UUGUUAAUGUUCUUCAACAGAGUACUUGUUUGUUGUUGAACUGUAUGUAAUCAUCAUUACUGCAACAUGAAUUGAAGCAUCUCAAUGUUUGUGUAUUUUAAUCCAUCGUGCUGCACAGAUGUAACUAUUGUGUUCUAGACCUCUGGAAAGAUAUAUAAUCAGCUAUUGAUGGAACAUCUGUUAUAAAUGAGAUCUCUAGUAACCUAUUUGGGGCAAAUAGCAGCUGUAAAUUUAUACAGUAAAUUAGUCAGGAUUCCACUUGCAGUUUGUGAAAGUAGAGAUAUAGAAGUUGGGCUGGUAGAAGGAAAAACUCUUAUUUUAUUAGCAGUGAAGGAGAUUUUUGAAGAUCUAGUGGUUAGAAUAUUGGCUUUAGAGAGAGGUUAUGCCAGUACUUAUAAAUUAUCUUUUGACUUGAAAUGGGUAACUUGUAUUAAUUAUUUGUUCUCAUCUUUUGCUCAACACAAUUUUUUUUGGUUAAUUUUGGAUAGUAGACCAACACUAUUUUAGUGAUAGAACAAUCGAUUGCCCUAUUACUAGAUUUGGGUGCUAGUAAGAAAUGGUUCUGCUGCCUGUUACAUCUCAUGCUUGUAUAAAAACUAACCAUAGUGGCUUGACUUUUAAUGUAAUUAUAGAAUAUUAUUCUAGUAAUUUGCUUUAAAAUUUCAAUGAAAGUCUUUUCUCAUGGUAAAGUAGGUUUAGUGUUUUAAAUGAUAUAGAAGAUUUCUGGUUUUUGUUUAUAACUAACAUGUAGUGAAGCCAUGUGGCAAUGAUUUUACUCAUCAUGCAGGUGUAUGUAUACUUUUUUUCCAUAGCAAUACUUUUAUUAGGAGGAGCUUUAGCAUGUUAUGGACUUCUAUUAUGCUUGAAAAUGAGCAAAGUUAGAUCUGAGCGAGCUUCAUCUGAAAUGUGGAAGGUUUCAGGUUUAGCUGUUGUUUCUGUGAUCUGUUUCACUUCAAGUUCUUUUGUUGCUCUUUUAACUGAUAUUCCGAUGCUAUAUCACCGGCCUCAACAUCCCAUGAGAGUUGUUUAUACGUCUCUCUUGCUCAUUUUGUAUUAUUUUAUAGGUUCAUCAACACCCUCAGCUUUUAUAUUAUGGAUCAUGAGAGAAUUACCACCAUUAAAAGCAGAAAACAUACAAGAAGCAAGUACAAUAACUUUCAUCACUGAUAGUUCAGCAGUAAUACAACAACCUCAGCGCUGGACAACUUCAACGAGCUUGCAGAAUCAGAUAUCAAGAGUGAGUCCAAUAUAAUUGCGCAAAUGGGUGCUCUCUUUCUGCCAAAUUAGAGAAGAAGGCUUGGAAUUUAUAUUUGAUUGAGAAUGGCUUGGUUGUUACCUUGAGAGGUAUCAACACAAGCGGCUGAGUUACAUCCUUGACUGGCAGUCAGACAGCCGUAAGGUUGCUGUUGCCCAUGGUUUUGACAUUCUUGGCGUGUAUAUAUUGAAAGUAUGCUAAGUGAGGGAUUUUUUUGUGUAUGCACUAGUUCCAAAAAUUUUGAGGUGCAAAUUUUUUCCACUGGUGAAUUCAAAAUGCCUUGCAUUUUAUUCCACGGCUCUUGUUGUUUAAGCUAAUUUAUGUGCAUGCUCUUUGCAAAGUUCAAUUUGUUUACAUUAUGGUUA